AUGCAGAUCACCAGUGUUAUGCUCAGCCUUGCCAGUCUCGGCCUGAACGUUCUUCCUGUUCAGGCCGGGCCUAUUCCUGGCGCUGAAGCUGCUCUGGCGGCGCGCCACGUCUACUCUCCUGACGUUGACGAAGCUCCCGUUGAGAAGCGCCAUGUUUACUCUCCUGAUGUGGAUGAGGCCCCUGUCGCUAAGCGUCACGUCUACAGCGUCGACAAGGACGAGACCGUCGAGAAGCGCCAUGUCUACUCGCCUGAUGUGGAUGAGACACUCAACAAGCGUCACGUUUACUCGCCUGAUGUAGAUGAAGCCCCUGUUGCCAAGCGUCACGUCUACUCUGUUGACAAGGAUGAGGUUGAGAAGCGCCACGUCUACUCCCCGGACGUUGACGAGACCCUCAACAAGCGUCAUGUCUACUCCGUCGACAAGGACGAGGUCGAGAAGCGCCACGUCUACUCUCCCGAUGUGGACGAGACUCUCAACAAGCGUCACGUCUACUCUGUUGACAAGGAUGAGGUUGAGAAGCGUCACGUCUACUCCCCUGAUGUCGACGAGACCCUCAACAAGCGUCAUGUCUACUCCGUCGACAAGGACGAGGUCGAGAAGCGCCACGUCUACUCUCCCGAUGUGGACGAGACUCUCAACAAGCGUCACGUCUACUCUGUUGACAAGGAUGAGGUUGAGAAGCGUCACGUCUACUCCCCUGAUGUCGACGAGACCCUCAACAAGCGCCAUGUCUACUCCGUCGAUAAGGAUGAGGUUGAGAAGCGCCACGUCUACUCUCCCGAUGUUGAUGAGGCCCCCGUUGCUAAGCGUCACGUCUACUCCGUCGAUAAGGACGAGGUCGAGAAGCGUCACGUCUACUCCGUCGACAAGGACGAGGUUGAGAAGCGCCACGUCUACUCCCCCGAUGUCGAUGAGGCCCCCGUUGCUAAGCGUCAUGUUUACUCCGUCGACAAGGACGAGUUUGAGAAGCGUCACGUCUACUCCGUCGACAAGGACGAGGUCGAGAAGCGUCACGUCUACUCUCCUGAUGUCGAUGAGGCCCCCAUUGCCAAGCGCCACGUCUACUCCGUCGACAAGGAUGAGACUUCCGCCUAA